UCUCGUUUGUUUCUGCAGCUGGAAAUGGAAGCGUGAGUGAAAAUGUCCAUAGUAGCGAAGCGCUGUGGAGUGAAAUUUAUCCCCCCUUCCAUCAUCCUCAUAUAUGAGAACAAAUCCACCAGCAAGAUGAGGAAAAGAGUCAUACCUGUGAGGAACUUCUCUCAGUAUUCAGACUGCAGUCGAGCAGCAGAGAGACUGAAGCAUCACGCGCGUCACAGCGUGUAUCUGGAGACGGUUUCCUCGGCUCAGCUGGAAAGGCUUCACCUCAUACUGCGUGAUCAUCUGAAGGGUCUCAGUCUGGAGGAGAGUCUCGCCGCCCGACGGGUGUCCGACCCCAGCGACGAGGACCUGAAUAAACUGAGCGAUGACGAGCUGAACCGCAGGAAGGCCCAGAUGGACCAGCUGUUCGAGUGCAACCGCAAACACAAGGAGGAUGCGGACUUCGUGUAUGAUCUGGAGGUGGAGUUUCCAGAGAACAGCGUGCCAGAGACGUGCAGCUGGGAUGAAGGGCAGUCCGAUGAGGAGCUUUAGAGGAUCAGACGCACUGGAACGGAUUUCAGACUGAUCCAGAAUGAAGACACACGGAGAGCUGGUGCAUUAUGGGGCUUCUGUUGAAGUCUAAUGUUGAACUAUACAUUUGCUGCUACAUGUUGUUUUAAGGUCACGUCCUCUAUGGUAAACAUUAUGUGAUGGGGUUUUAGUUGAUUCUUUUACAUAAAAUAGCAUCGAUAAUAUUAAAAAUACUUUAAUAUUUAAGAAAUAUAAAAGUUGAGGACAUUG